CCUCUAUCCUUUUUGUUGUUUACAGGAUUGAUUUCGCUCUUGCGUUUGUGUACAUGGCCGCUCUAGCAGCCUUUUUUUAGGAACGACUUGCUUCUCUGCGUUCUCUUGGCUGCCCUAUGCCUACAUUAUUGCGGCCGCUGCCGCACAAUACUGGCAGCGGCAGCAUUUACACCACAACGCGUAGCUCAGUUGCUGGAAGUGCCAAGCUCUGCAUCGUCACAAAUAACGCCUUAGCAUCUGUCGGAUGUAUUCCACGAAUAGGAUUAUGCGGAGCAAACGAAAUUGUUUCCAGGCCAGCGCGUAAAGCUAGCGGCUCAGGCAGCGGCUCGGCCGUGGAGAGCAACGCGUCGACGCUUGCAGGAACGGUAGUUCUCGAACCUCGCAACCUUGUGGACAGCUGUAAUCACACAUCAGGAACUCAACACAUCCUCGAUGCAUCCGGGCCCGCGAUUUCACCUCGCGUCCAGACCUCCAUGCCGGGAUGGAGGCACGCGGAGGCCUCCAUGGCUUACACCCACGAGCUCUUGGACCGCCCCGCGGCUUCAGCCAUAGCCACGGCUUCUACAGCAGCCAGCCAGCCUUCCAUUUCCGGCUCUAAACCAGCAGCAACAUCACCUGCUCCUGCUGCUGCGGCUGCUGAAAUGUCCAGCUUGGAUGCCGACGACUUCACGUUGAGGCGCCUGCCCUCCUCCUCUUCAUCAUCAUCACCAACCGACGGCGACAGCCACCCAGACGCCCAGCCCACCCCCUCCACCUCCGCACCCGACGUCCCUCCUCCCAAGCGACGCCAACCCAGACGCUUCCGCCCCAACACGCCACCUCCUCCCUCCUCCUCCUCCUCCUCCUCCUCCUCCUCCUCCUCCCCCUCCACAUCACCCACCGCCUCCUCCUCCCCGCUCCUCACCCCUGCACGCCGUGGCCGCCCCCGCACCAACCGCACCGCACCACCCCGCCAUCGCCCCUCCUUCUCCUUAUCCCCACCCAAACCCCGCCUCCAACCCCCACCCCCGCCCCUCUCCUGGCCGGACUAUCCCUACACCCGCCGCUCCGUGGCCUCCGCCUGCUCCCCGACGGACAUCCCAGCCCUCAAGCUGGAGGCCCUCUUCCAAUGCGUCCUGCAAUGCCCCCGCGUACCCCCCAAACUCCUCCGCUUCCUGGCCCGUCAAAUCCCCGGCGGCGCUGAAGCCGCGCUAACCGCCAUAACCGCCACCGUUGAACAAAUGGCACGCAUGCUGGGGCGCGAGGUAACGGUUUACCUUGUACGGAAACGGCCCUGGGUGGUUACGGUGCCCGCGGAGUGUUUGGGCGAGCGGCUGGCGACGUUGCAGCGGUUGCUGGGUCUGCCUCCGGGGCCGCAGGGCGGGGUGCUGGAGCUGUUGCGCAAGAACCCCAACCUGCUGCGGCUUACGGGGGACGUGUUGGUGGGGCGGUACCGGGCACUGGCGGGGAGCACCGGGUUCGGGGAGGAGCAGGUCCGCGCGCUUGUUCUCAAGUACCCGCUCAUCCUGAACUACCAGCCGGAGAGCGUGGCGAGCGCUAACUUGGCCCUGCGCCGCCUCUGCUCCGCCCGCGCCGACCUGGCGGCCCACUACUCGCAGCUCAGUCCCAGCCAGUUCGCGUUCUUCAUGCGCGACCGGCUGCAGACGCUGCUGCGGCUGGAGUACCUGCUGCUGACGGGAGGCGGGCGGAGCUGGUCGCUGCGGGAGGUGAUGAAGCGGUCCAACAACCUAUUCAAGAAGUGGGGGCGGGCGGGCGGGCGGGGGGGGGGAUGCGGGUGUGUUUUGGGGAGAAUGAGCAGCUGUGUUAGAAAAACUGGCCGAGCAGCUGUGUGUGUGAUGGCGGAACUGAGGGGCCGCACAACGGACAGUGACCAGCAGGGGUGCAGUGGUAUGCCCCGUCACAGUAGGGUGUGUCAUGAGCGCGUGUAGGAGAGAAAGAGGGAAACCACGUUGCUGAUGUGAGCGCGGGCGGUGCAUGGCGGCUGGGAUGUCAGGCUGGUUGGAAGGCUUAGCGGUGCACCUUCGGGAUACUACCCCUCAUGUCCUUACCCCUCAUCACCCACCCUCUCCCUUUCUCCUCUUCCCCUCCUCCACUCCAGGACCUUCAAGUCCUUCCGUCCCUGGGCCGAGGCCCGACUCCGCCGCCUGCAAGCCCGCCUCUCCGCCGCCAAGGCCCAAGCCCAAGCCGCCGCUCGGGCGGGGGGUCUGCCCGCCUCGCCCCUGCCUCCCCCCCAGCUGCUGGAUGCCGCGGAAACGCAGGCGGAGCGGGAGUACCAAUCGGAGGAGCAGCUGCGGUUCCGGGAUGAGUUCCUGGCGCGGCGGGAGCGGGACAUGCGGGAGGCGGCGAAGCGGGAGGCGCAGCGGCAGCGUGCGAUUGAGGAGUUGAUUGCGGCGGAGGAGCGGCGGAGGGAGGAGGCGGAGCGCAGGGAGAUGGCUGGGGAAGGGGAGGAGGAGGAAGAGGGGCAGGGGCAGCGGAGAGGGAGUGACGGCAGGGCAGCACCUCAGCAGCAGCAGCAGCAGCAGCACCUGCGACCACCGUCACCACCUGCAAGGGGACAACCACCGGUCGGGCCCGGAGGAGGAGGAGGAGGAGCAGCAGCAGUAGCAGCACUAGGGAGGGUGCCCCCAGGCGGUGUGGGGAGAGGCUUCCCGGGUGCACCGCCCAGACCAAUGCAACAAGGGGCCUUCCUUGGGCCCUCCCCGCCAUACACCGGCCCGACCCAUGGGUCACCCCAAGCUUCCUCCGGCCCUGGUAUGAUGGGCAUGGGUCCCCGCCCCAUGCCUCCUGACGGCGGCAUGGCGUGGAGGCAGCAGCAGCCGCCGGCAGGGCCUCCAUCGUCGCCGUCCUCGGGGCCACCUGCGGGGCCUUCUGGGCACGAUGAGGUGAUGAUGCGGCGCGACGGCGGCGACGUGCUGGCGUCUGUGAGCCUGGGGCAGCAGUGGCGGCGGCCGGGCAUGAAGUUCCAGCCGCCGUCAUCGCAGCCGUUGCCUCCUCAGCAGCAGCAGCACCCGCAGCAGCAGCAGAUGCACGCAUCCCCACCCGAACACAUCCCUCAGCAGCAGCCACCACAGCCACAGCAGCAGCAGGGGCCGUUGGAGCAGGGGGGCCCAUCACCGCAUGGCCCCCCACCUCAGCAGCAACAACAGCUGCGUUGGCAGGGGCAAUGGCAGCAACCCAUGCAAGGGCCGCCGCAGCAGCAGCAGCCGCAGCGCAUGUCACCCCAGCAGCCAUUCGCGCAGCCGCGGCAACUAGGCUGGCAGCAACAAGGGGCACCGCCGCUGCUUCCGCCGCAGCAGCAGCAGCAACGGCCCCAGCAGCAAUGGCAGGAGGCGCGGCAAGCAGGGCCGGGUGUGGAGCAGCAGCAGGGGCGGAGUAUGUGGG